AUGACGGUUUCAAAGAAGGUGGUGGCCAGUUUGCUCUUGGUGUACGUGGUGUCUAUGCUGGCUGAACAGACGGAAGGCUUCGUGCCCUUUUUCACCCAGAGCGUCUUCCAGAAAAUGCAGGAAAAGGAGAGGAACAAAGGAGGGCAGAAGAAAUCCCUGACCUCGCUGCAGCAGCUGGAAGAGGAAGGCUUCUCUGAACAAUCCGGUGCAGAUGUCAACAAGAUCAAGACCAUCCAGCUAGCUGUUCCUGUCAAAGCCGGGAUGUGGCUCACCCCAAGGCAGCUGGAAAAAUACCAAGAUGUCCUGGAGAAACCGCUAGCAGAGAUGUCACAGGACACCCCAGACG